GACGGUAGGGUACCACAGGGAACGAAGAGCACGUUUUGUUCUCUUUUUUUGACAGUGUGUAUAUAUUAGACCACGACAGAAGAAAAACUUGAACAUUCCCUAGCGCAGAUUAUAUCACAGCGUCCUUGGAGUUCUUUGGUACCUGUGAAGAUGAAGACCUGGUGGACCUUCCUCAUUUUGCUUGUGUUCUGUGUUGUUCUGGCCACCUCCGAAACGACGUCAAAAUCACCACGCACAAGACGACCCAGGGACCCCAACUGUGAAAAAGUGCUUCCUUUAAGACCACUAUCACCAGGAUUGAGAGCCAAGUGCACAUUUCUUUGCCAAGGAUUUCCUGUGCGAGUAGGACAUGAGCCCGACGGAACACCUUGCGACCGACGUGGCAAGAAACGAGCUCCAGGUUUAUGCCGGAAUGGCAAAUGCAUCAGACCAGAUGAAUUCAACACAUCACCAGCCUUUAGCACACCAAAUUUGUCUACAGCCGCACCUAAGCAGUAACCCGGCGUAAACACUUCAGCCUAAUUUAGCACUCCUUACCUCAUACCCUACAGAAGCAUAUUAUUGCGGUUUGUUGCUCAGCCAGGUGCUAGAAUAUGUGGCGAAGUACACAUGCUAUGAAAAAGCAAUAUUUUCUCGAAUAAAGCUAUUCUUGAUUUUCAA